AUGAUCACGCGAUUCAUAACAGAGGUGAACACAAAGUUCAACCCCUUCUCCGCGGCCUCGCGCGCGACCCGGCUCUUCCUGUCCGCCCUCCCGCCCCAGGCCCGCGCCCAGGGCAUGGUCAUCAACACCACGCUCCUGCCCAGAGGCGCCACUGACCCGGCCUCGCUGAGUGUCAAGUUCAAGGACGGCAAGGAACUCAAGCUCGACAGCGAGAAGCUCGGCAUCAAGGACAUCAUAGAGGAGGUCGAGCGGCAUUCGCGCUCCCUGCAGAAGCAGGCAAGCUUGAACGAAUGA